AUGCCCACCGUUCACCUCCUCGACUAUGUCGCCGGCAAUGUCCGCUCGCUGGUCAAUGCCAUUGAGAAGGUGGGCUAUACGGUCGAAUGGGUCAAGUCACCCGCCCAAGUCCCCGCUGCAGAGAAACUCAUCAUCCCCGGAGUCGGCCACUUUGGACACUGCAUGUCGCAACUUGAGCAGGCCGGCUAUAUCGAACCUAUCCGAAAGCACAUCAGCGCCGGGAAGCCGUUCAUGGGCAUAUGUGUUGGCAUCCAGACACUCUUUGAGGGCUCCGAUGAGGACCCGCAUGUCAAAGGCUUGGGUAUCAUUCCACAGCGCCUGCGCCGAUUCCAGUCUGCCGACAAGAGCGUACCGCACAUUGGGUGGAACAGCGCCAGCGUCUCGCGAACUGGGCGCCCCACGGAUGAGUCGCUGUAUGGGCUACGACCGACUUCCAAAUACUAUUACGUUCACUCUUACGCUGCCCUCUACGAAGAGGGACCGUUAGAGAAGGAGGGCUGGACAGUCGCAACGGCACGCUAUGGCGACGAAGAAUUCAUUGGCGCAGUUGCAAAAGACAAUAUUUUCGCCACGCAAUUUCACCCUGAGAAGAGCGGCGCAGCUGGCUUACGAGUGCUGAAGGCUUUUCUCGAUGGCACGCGGAUACAAAAGCUGCCCAUAGAGCCGUCGGGGCCAUUGAACAAACCAGGCCUGACCAGACGCAUCAUCGCCUGCUUAGAUGUCCGAACCAAUGACCAAGGCGACCUCGUCGUGACAAAAGGCGACCAAUAUGACGUGCGCGAAAAAGAAGGGACUAGCAAUCAAGUUCGUAAUCUGGGCAAACCCGUCGAUAUGGCCCGGAAAUACUACGAGCAGGGGGCCGACGAAGUCACUUUCCUGAACAUCACAUCUUUCCGCAACUGCCCUGUCGCUGACACGCCGAUGCUGGAAAUUCUUCGGCGAACCAGUGAAACAGUCUUCGUUCCCUUGACCAUAGGCGGCGGGAUACGUGACACGGUAGAUACUGACGGGACUCAUAUAUCUGCUCUCGACAUUGCAAAAAUGUACUUCAAAUCUGGCGCAGACAAAGUAAGUAUCGGGUCUGACGCCGUAAAGGCAGCCGAGGAGUACUACGCGAGGGGUAGCAAGUUGGCAGGCAACACGGCGAUUGAAAGUAUAUCUUCCGCCUACGGCAAUCAAGCCGUUGUCAUCAGCGUAGACCCCAAACGCGUGUACGUUACCUCGCCGGAGGCAACACCACACCACACCAUCAAGACGGCAACACGAGGCCCCAAUGGCGAAGAAUACUGUUGGUACCAGUGCACCAUCAAGGGCGGCCGCGAAGGGCGCAAUUUUGACGUCAGACAAUUGGUGACAGCUGUCGAAGCCAUGGGCGCAGGAGAAAUCUUACUCAACUGCAUAGACAAGGAUGGAAGUAACAGCGGCUUCGACCUCGAGUUGAUCAACGAUGUCAAGGAUGCGAUCAAGAUCCCGGUGAUUGCAAGUAGCGGAGCGGGGCACCCAGGCCAUUUUGAAGAGGUGUUUGCGAAGACGCGGACGGAUGCUGCGUUGGGAGCUGGCAUGUUCCACAGAGGAGAGUAUACGGUUAAGCAGGUCAAAGAUCAUCUGCAAGAAAAGGGACAGAUAGUACGGCCGUUCGAGGCUGAUGUAUAA